ACAACACAAUUGCACACAUCUAAAGCACCGUAACACUAAAAACGCACACGAAACACUUUUAAAACACAGAUCCGAACCGGGUUGAUGUUAGAUGCAAUUCGUUAGCCACGUUAAGAAAUGAAAUUUAGGCCAGAUUUACAGAUAGGAUGGGAAAGUUCAACGAGAGGCAGCGAACUCGGCAUCCAAUUACCAGGCCAACUAAAUGGGUACUAAUUGGUCUCUUAGUGCUGGCCAUCAACGGCAGAAUUAUGGCCCUGGAUGAAGAUGCUCCAGUAAAAGUAGAUGAAAUCGAUCAAGAAAAAAAAGAUGAAGGCAGUGAGCAAGUAGCUGAUGCAGAUGCAGAUGCAGAUGCUCCUGUGGAACUUAAUAAUGAACCACCUGGGAUUGAUGUGGAAAAGUUGCGCACAGAUGACCUCUACGAAUCGGAAACACCCCAUGAAGAGAUGGGUCAGGCUCACUGGCCAGCUGUCGUAUUUUCCGAUUAUGUGUCCAACCCUGUAUAUAGCAGUCCGGAAAAAUAUACGGAAUUUGGCCUGAGACCCGUCUACAAUUUCACCCAUUUUCUGUUCCAAAACACGCUGACCAACGAACCCGCUCUGCCGCCAGGAUACAUUGUGGUCAAGGGCGAGGAUGCUUUGGAAUUGGGACCCAAGUUUCAAGAGAAUGAUUGGCGAGAUCUACUCUGGGACUAUACGUUGUUGCUGCUCUGGGUUGGUUUUCUGCUAGCCCUCAUCAUAAUCAUUCCAUUUAUUGCUGUGUUGUAUUGUUGCUUUUGUUGUUGUCGCCGUUGUCCGCAAAGUUGCCCGCCCUGCGAUAGUAAACGGGACGCCAAACUACGCUGCAUGUGUGGCAUGCUACUGCUGCUGCUCAUCCUCCUCAUCCUACUUGGCACUGUUAUUGCGUUUUUGGCCAACAAGAGCUUGGACGAGGGCACCGCCAAAUCAUCAAAUUCGUUACGAAGAAUCGCCGAGGACAUUUGCACCUUCUUGAAGGACAUCAAAAAUCAUAUCUAUCAUUUGCUUAGCCGCAACUACGAGGAGAUGAUGAAUCACGUAAUCGCUUUGCUAAACGAGGCGGAUACUCACAUAUUUAUGGAUCUGGGGAAUGCAUCGGAGUCGAACGCUCUCGAGGAACUAGAACGCAUUUUCAAGAAUAUGCCACAAGCCCAUAAGCUAAUGAUGGAGGUCAGCGCUCUAGUGAAGGAAUGGAUAUUUCUCAACUCUCAACUGCGAGACGCGAUUCGUGGCAUGAAGCGUGACAUUCUGUAUGCCUGUACUCUGUGUUCGCAUUGGAAAUGCAAAAACUUCUUGCGAUUCGAUUGGUUGAUGACGAUUGAUACCAUGAAAUGCCUACAUCUCGAUCUGUUGCCCGAUAGCGUUAAGAUUGCGGAGUCCAUGCACGAGGUAGUUGAACAGAAACGUGAUGCGAUGAUCAGAGACGCUUUGCUUCGGCUGCAGGACAUCAAAGAUGUCAUAGUCGCUGAGAUGGACGUUCUAGCACCGGCCAUCAUUAAGGACCUAGAGAAAGGACGUGACACGAUGCUAAAUCAAGCCGCUAUCAUUGGCAUCAUCAUCGAAGAGGUCGUCAGUGAUAUCUUUUUCAGCGCAACCCGCAUCACGAGAUCCUUGGAGCAGCUAUACAAGGAAUAUGCCGUUAAUCGCAGCCGAAUCAACUUUAUUGCCUGUGUUAUUUUAGCAGUGAUCAUAUUCCUCUCGCUGGCUGCCUUAAUAUUGGGUUGUUGCAUAAGCAAACGAACAGCGGCCUUUUGCUUAUUGCUCGUAAUCCUUUUGAUAUUCUGCGUGCUCUCAUUCUUAACAUUAAUUGGAUUGUUCUAUUUUAUGCUGGGUCUGAUCACAUACCAAGGAGCCUGUGUCCCGACGCGAGAUCAGCAGAAGAUUGAAUUAUUCCGUCAGCUGGAUGCGGCAAUCGAUGUGCCUCAUUAUAUGUCGCAUCUAAGUGACCAAGCGGACAAAGAUAAGGAAACGGGACCGUUGCCAAUGUCCUAUGCGAUGGAGUCAUGCGGGGAGGAUCAAUCGAUAUUCGAUGUGCUCCUCGAGAAUAAUGUGUACGAUAUACGCGAUUUGGCAUCGAUCAAGAUACUGAGCACUGCUGGCACGAACGCAUUUGUGCAACCUUUUGUGAACUUGACGCUAUUAACGGUGGAGGAGAAAAGCGAUAUUAUCAAAACAUAUAGCGGCACUCUGGCGCCCUAUCACAGCGUUAACUAUCUGAAGCAUAUGUGCACCCAACUCACAUCUACCCCAUUGAUCCUGCUGGCCAGCAAGAUGAGAAAUUUGUCAUCGGAAUUGUUGACCAAUUGGGGUGGCCAUCACCAUACAAGGCAGGCCCUCUUGGAUGCUGCCGCAAUGCUUGAACUCUAUCACAAGGAGUACGUAUUGAAAAUCGACGCGGUGCAGGAUGCCAUGAAGCCAAAACUAAGUGAAAUCGAUGAUCUCAUCUUGUAUAAUAAUCAUAAUUUUGGCGAUUCAAUUCAUGUACUGCUUGAGGCGGUAGUCCGAUCGGAAGAGUUUAUCAUAUCUCGUGGCGAUCAGUUUAUGGAGGAGCUACUUGACAACCUGACCCGAUAUGUGAAUUUUCAGAUCGAUGACUAUUUCGAAAUGGUUAUAGACGAGACAAACACAGAAGUCGGCAGAUGCAAACCCCUCGCCUAUAUCUAUGAUCGUGGUGUCGAUCACAUCUGCAGACAUCUGAUCGAUCCAAUUAAUGGAUAUUGGGUUGGGAUAUUGCUCUGCAGUCUCCUCUUUCUGCCCCUGCUCUUUGUCGCCCAUCGUCUGAUGUGCUUAUAUAAGAUUUAUUCUCCCCCGAUGACACAAGUCAAUCAAUUCCACUGUCCAAUUUGCAUGGGUGCUCCAAUUGUGCCCGACCUGGUCCCUGGGCAAGGAAACCGGUUCUUGGCUGGUAGAAACGAUGGCGAUUUCAUAAUUUUAACGGAUCAGCUCGAAAGUGAAAGUAACGUUUUGGAAGUGAAAGAAUCGCAAACUUCCAAUAACAAGCGAAAACAGGAGUAAUUACAAAAUUCUCUCAAGCAAAACAUACCUGAGAUAUGUCCAAUGUUAUAUAUAUUCUCUUAAUUGAAUCAAAUAAAACUUAAUAAAAAAAAGAUCAAUUUAAAAGGAAAA